GGUUCGGUGGCUUCGGUCCCGGCGCGGUGAGGCUGUCCGGAGCGGGCCACGCUCUUCCUUCCCUGCUCCGGCCUCGACCACGGCGAGCCUGAGCGCGGCGGCGGCCCACGCGCGGCGACGGGGAGAGAAGUGUUUGUCUCGCUCAGAUGAGCAGCAACAGCAGUAAAAGAGCUCCGACGACAGCGACCCAGCGGCUGAAGCAGGACUAUCUUCGAAUCAAGAAGGACCCGGUGCCUUAUAUCUGUGCUGAGCCCCUCCCUUCCAAUAUUCUUGAAUGGCACUAUGUGGUCCGAGGCCCAGAGAUGACCCCUUAUGAAGGUGGCUAUUAUCAUGGAAAACUAGUUUUUCCCAGAGAAUUUCCUUUUAAACCUCCUAGUAUUUAUAUGAUAACGCCCAAUGGAAGAUUUAAGUGCAAUACAAGGCUGUGUCUUUCCAUCACGGAUUUCCACCCAGACACUUGGAACCCGGCCUGGUCCGUCUCCACCAUCCUGACGGGGCUCCUUAGCUUCAUGGUGGAGAAGGGCCCCACCCUGGGCAGCAUAGAGACGUCGGACUUCACGAAAAGACAACUGGCUGCACAAAGUUUAGCAUUUAAUUUGAAAGACAAAGUCUUCUGUGAAUUAUUCCCUGAAGUCGUGGAGGAAAUUAAACAAAAGCAGAAAGCCCAAGACGAACUCAGUAGCCGACCCCAGGCUCUCCCCUUACCAGAUGUGGUUCCAGAUGGGGAAACACACCAUGGUCAGAAUGGGCUUCAGCUCCUCAAUGGGCACGCACCAGGGGCUGGGCCACACCUUGCGGGGCUCCAGCAGGCCAACCGGCACCACGGACUCCUGGGCGGCGCCCUGGCGAACUUGUUUGUUAUAGUUGGGUUUGCGGCUUUUGCCUACACGGUCAAGUACGUGCUGAGAAGCAUAGCGCAGGAGUGAGCCAUGUGCCACGGCCGGCAGAAGUGGUCAAAAACGAGGGACACUGGGCCCGAGCUUGCUGUGGGCUGGCUGGACGUGCUGCCGAGCGCAGGGUGCACCUGCCUGACUCCGGGGUUAGCUUUUUAAAAACCUUGAAAAGGAAAACAGAAACCAAAGUGUGUAACUUGGAUUUAGAGGCGAUGCAAGGUUCUCAGCUCCCCGUCCUCGCGCUGGGGUUGGUUGGGGACCAUGGAGCUUGGGUGUCGAGGAGGGGCCUCAUGCUUUGGUUUUAUAGUUUAUCUCCUGUAUCGUCUUUUGGACCUGUUUUAGUAAACCUGUUUUUCAUUUUAUUAGAUUUGGUCACUUAAAAAUACAAAACUCGAUUAUCAAAUAAUUUGCGUGCAUUCUUGGUCCAGUGGAGCCCUCCCUGGCUCACCAGGUGGGAGAAGUUCCCACAGCUGCACCUGGCUGGCAGGGGCAGGGGGCCUGGCCGUGGGGCCCAGGGGCUGGCCAAGGACAGCCACAGAUGGGGUCCAGGAGACGUGGGGUUUGGCCUCAGCAUUUGAAAUGUGUUUGUGUUCACCUGGAAGGAAGCAGUCCCUCCUAGGAAAGUGGGUUCUUUGUUUUGCUGAAGUUGAAAUUCAGCAUUUGCUUGCUGUGUGACCACAAGGUGGCACCCUUUACUCGAAGAGCCAGGGUGUCCUGUGUGGUCCCUGAGGCUGCUUUCACCUUACCCCCCACCCCCUUGCCUCCACACCCAGGCUGGGGCCCCCACUGCCACCUCCAGGUUCCCGGAUGCUGCAGGGGUGGCCCUUGGUGCCUGCAGGACAUCUCCUCUGACCCCAGCGGCCCGCUGGGGGUCUGCACCCGACAGCCGGCUUCUGUGCACCUCGGGGUCUCCUCACACUUGGUCCAGGUCUUUGCUUUACCCUAAAGAUAGGCUCCCAUGUUCCUUUUCGCAGCUGAUCCGUGUCUGGUAUGGGCUCUGCCCUGGAAGACCACACAGGGACUGGGCAUCACGGGACGUGACGGCUGCCCAGGAAGGGCAGGGCCGGUGCGGGGGGAGAUGGCUCCCUGGCUGCUGACAUCUUCCAUCCAGUGCCUGUGUGGUGAUUUCACUUGGCGUCAUUUGAAAGCACUGUGUCUGCGGGUCCCGGGCUGAGGUGCCCUGAUCCCACUCCAGGGGCCACAGGGGCCUCAAGUGAAGCCACGGACUUGUGCAUCUUUGACAGCCUUUGGUUUUUGAUCCGUUUAUUUAAAAUUCCUCUAUGAUUUACCACUUGAGUGUAUUUAACCUGCUCUUGUGAAGAAAAAUCUUUCAUUAUAUCUUUGUUCCUAAA